CACCCAGCACGUGGAUGCUUUUAAUUUGACAGCUUUGAACUCCACUAGUUGUGACGUCAUAUUUUGUUCCGGCGGAGCGUAUUCAGUGUAACACCAACAUGAGGAGUGACAACAGACCCACACCGAGCCGCGAGAACUGCGUUUAUACCAGCUGUUACUGUGAAGAAAAUGUCUGGAAACUGUGCGAGUUUGUGAGAACAGAGAGAUCCGCACCGCUGGAGGAACUGUUUGUGGUUUUCAUCUCUAAUGAGAACAGAAUGGUUCCACUGUGGAAGCAGAAGUCUGGACGAGGAGACCAACCAGUGAUCUGGGACUACCACGUGGUGCUGCUGCAGGUUGGUGUUCAGUCGGAACCUUUGAUAUACGAUCUGGACUCUGAGCUGUCAUUUCCCUGCAGUCUGCAGCUGUACGCUGCCCGGGCCCUUCAAUCAGACCACAACAUCAAACCUGCAUACCACAGGAAGUUGCGUGUGGUCCCUGCUGACAGCUUCCUGUUGAACUUUGCCUCUGAUCGAUCUCACAUGAAGAACCCUGAUGGAUCCUGGAAGAUGCCCCCGCCUCCGUACCCCCCAAUACACACCGCAGAGAGUCAGAUGAACCUGGAUGACUUCAUCAGUAUGAACCCUGCUGUGGGCUGGGGGCGUGUCUUCAGUCUGGACCACUUCCUGCAGAGAUACACCGGAAACUCUUCGCCAUCAUCAUCGUCAUCGUGAUCCUCCUCCUCCUCGUCCUUAUCAUCAUCAUCGUCAGCAUCAGCAGCAGAAUGUCCCCUGCUGACAUGUAAACCUGUUGACCUGUAAACACUUUUCUAUUUUUUACUUCCUGUCUUGAGCUGUGUGAGUGAACAAACAGCAGGCAACAAGUAUCUGCUCCUUGUCUCAGUGUGAUGAUGUUUCAGUCUGACUAAAUUAAAUUCUUUACAUUAAA